AGGAGGAAGGAGGGACCGUGUAGGUGGGAUGGUCCGGAAAUCCCGUGAUAAAAAGAGGAGCGCGGGGGAAAAGUAGGGAGAAGCUCCGGAGUCAUUCGCUCUCCUCCACUCCUCGUCCGCAACUUGCCCGCUGGCACAUGGGCGCCAGACGGAGCCGCUAGCGGCAGAACGACCCGCAGCACCUGUCCAGCACCGCACAGCACCCGCGUAGCCAGCGAGGCUGCCCGCCGCCGAUUGCCGGACUCUGUGCAUGCGAGGUGUGAAGCUGGGCUGCGCCCCUGAGCCAUCGUCAUGGAUUUUGUGAUGAAGCAAGCUUUAGGAGGGGCUACCAAGGACAUGGGAAAGAUGCUGGGUGGGGAUGAGGAGAAAGACCCUGAUGCUGCCAAGAAAGAAGAGGAGCGACAGGAAGCCCUCAGACAAGAAGAGGAGGAGAGGAAAGCCAAGUAUGCCAAGAUGGAGGCUGAAAGAGAAGUUAUGAGACAGGGGAUUCGAGACAAGUAUGGGAUAAAGAAGAAGGAGGAAAAAGAAGCAGAGGCCCAGGCUGCACUGGAAGCUAAUGCUGAAGGAAGCCUGACUCGUCCAAAGAAGGCUAUUCCUCCUGGCUGUGGGGAGGAGGAGGAGGAGGAAGAAGAGAGCAUUCUAGACACAGUCAUCAAAUACCUACCAGGUCCCCUGCAGGACAUGUUCAAGAAGUAAUAACUGCAGACUGCUAGAUGGGCAUAAACAGUACUGCAAAGGAUUUCUCUUUUGCCCAAUGGGGAUUUACAGUCUUGCCAUCCAUCACGCACCUCUGCCCUCUAAUGCUCACUAGGAGUCCUUUUGCUUCCCAUUCUCCACUGCCUCUUCCCUUUGCCUCUACCCCAAGACUCAUCAGUCCUUUUUUUUUGUACAUAGUCACAUCCAGUAGAUGCCUCUGAAUGGAUGUACAGAUUAAAAAGCUGCAGACUACACAACUUUUAUUAUAAGCCAUAGUACUAUGUAUGUUAAAUAAGGCAACUGUACAUUAAGCAUAGAAAAGGAACAACCUCACGUGUAUUUUGACCCAAAGCAAGAAGAAGUGUUCACUCAGUGUGAACAGUAUCCUUUUUAGUUUUCUUUAAUUAUUAUUGCUGAUAAUAAUUAUUAAUUAUUUUUAUUAACGUUCUUGUUGAUUGGGUCACACUAGCCAUUUGUUGUUGAGUACAUCUACCCUUGGAAGGAAUAUCUCAGUUCUCCCAUGGAAGCAGAGCUUUUCAGUUUUAAUUCCAUCACUGGCAUAAAUAAAAAAUCAUUUGGAAGCUAAAUCAUGCAUGACUUACACAGCUGACAUCACUCAGAACGAUAGAAGAAGUGAGUCAUCUGCCCUCAGAUGCUGAUAGAAGUUAAAUGCCUCAGAAUCUAAGCAAGAGUCAUGUCACUUUGGUAAUUAGCCAUACACUUAACUUGGAAGAGCAGAUUUGGUCUGACAGGUGCCAUAUAGAGAGCCAGAAGUACAGUAGGGUGUGUGGUACUAUUAGAGGACCUUUCCACUCCUAGGAAGUCAGUGACCAAGAAUGUUGGCCUCUGAUUAACUACACUUCCUCUUUCUGCCCAGUGCCAUAUUUGACAAUCUCGUUCCCAGCAGUGCUUGCAGGAAAGGCAUUUGGUCUCCAGUAAAUUGUUAUUACUGUAUUCUACCCAUCCUUUAAUGCAGUUGUGGGAGAAAGUGAAAGUUAGACAAGACACUGGAGAGCCAGAAAUUCUAAGUUUCCUACAUUUCCUGCUAAGUUGCUCUGCUGCCUUGGAGAGAUAAUUCAUUUUUCUGAUUCAGCUCCUUCAGCUGUUGAACUGAGCUUUCAGUCUACACCUACUGUAAAAGGAUGUAGUAAGGAUGGAUUGCACAGUUCUUUUCCAGUGCUUUGCAGGAGCUAAUUAAUAUUAUAGUAGUGUGUAUAAAAGUAUGAGAAAAUCGCCCUCUUAACAUUGUCUUUAAUACCUUAGCCAGACAUAGCUACAGAUGUUUUCCAGUACGGCACAGUAAGCAUUGAGUAACUAAAUAAGAAAAGCCAAAUUCUUCUGGAGAUGUUGAUUUGCUAGUACAACACACACUCAAUAGAUUUAUUUUGAACACGAUCCCUUGCUAAGUUUUCUGGACUGUCAUCUGAAAAGGUGAUCGUAGAAUUUUUGUAUUUGGCUACAUAACUGUAAUAGCUGCUGUAAGAGCAUCACACCAUCUCAGUCUCACAAUCUUAUAGGAUAAUCACAGAACCAUAGAAUCAAAGAAUAUCUUGUGUUGGAAGGAACUAUCGAGUCCAACUUCACUGCUAUCCCAGGUUUUUCUUACACUUAAACAGGUUCACCUAAUUCAAUGAUAUGCUAUUUCUUUUUAGAAAAGGUAGUUUCCUUUCCUUGAAGGGUGAAUCUUGGCCUCCCCAUUAGUUUUUCAAAAUUAUAACAUUAUGACACUGUAUUAAAGUGAUAGGAAUCUACUGACUAAAAAAGGCGGAGAACUUGUAGUUCACCAGCAUGCAUUAUGUACAGUGGAAAAGUACCAUCUCCAUGUCUUCAUGGUUUGCCUCACAAAAGUAGAACUGUUUACAACAACAGAAAGGAAAGCAAUAUCUCAGAUUGUUUUCCUUUCUGUUGUUGUAAACAGUACUACUUUUGUAGUAGUAAUUAAGCAUUUUACCCUAAUGGAAAUUACUUGAUUCACUUGUUCAGAAUAACUGACCUUUGGCAAAUAUUCCUGUACUUUUCUGGAUACGGAAUUUAAAGAGAUAUUUGUCAUCCUUUCAAGUAAGUAUAAGCAUCAUAGUUAAGGCAGUGAGCCUUAACUACGUAAACUAGUGUGAAUUAUGUGUUUUUAACAGCAUCUUGUACAGUAGGAAAAAAAAUACCGUGAAAGAAAAUAAAUAUAUUCAUUUUGUCCUAUUCUUAUUUGGGUAUAUCAGCAGUCCUUGCUGCUUCCCAACUAACUUCAGUGGCAAGCUUCUAUCAAAUCUAGGGUGGAAGCUAAGGAUGUUUAACUGAUCUACAAGUCAAAACAGGCUGAUAAAAAAGCAACUUGUUCUGGGUUGGAUCUACAAACAAGACGUGCAAUCUGCUGUGAGUUUUUCAAGGAAAGAAGAAGGCAGGUUUUACUCUUUCCGAUAAUAUCAGUGCUUUUCUGCCCUUUCAUUUAGAGUGAAAUGAGUGUGUCCCACUAAGACUUCAAAGACCCAGAACACUCUUUAACUCUGGAUCAGUACUUGGGUAGUGCUGAGCAACAUAUCAUUUUCUAGGGAGAGUGUCCUACUCACUCCAUGCAAAUACAGCAACUAUUAAAGUAGCAAAGCCUUAAACAGGUAAAGUAACAAGUAAAUUAAAUAAAGCUUAUUUAAGUAGAUCUCAAACAACUCAAAACUCUCCUGCCACAAAGGCAGCAGGUUUUUUUUUUAUGCUCUGAGAGAGAAUUAGAUCCAGCACCCCUGAAAGCUAGAGAGCCUGGUUCUUUGCUCCAGCCAUUCAUUGGUAGUGAAAUCUGUUGACACAUUAACGUCACAUCUUCUGAAACACUCUGACUGAUGUGAGUGGUUGGUCUAUGUUCCCUAAUGCAUAAGUCAAACCAGCACAAAAGUUGCCCUGCUAAAAGACAUAUAUUCAUUCAUUUAUAAUCUCCCCUGGUCUUGUCUUGGAGGAGUGUACAAACAAACAACAGGAUGAACUCAUACUGCUUUGCUUUGGAUUUCUCUAAGGUUUGUUUGUUGACCUAUCCCUAGCCCCCCAUAAUGAACUCAUCUCUUCAUCCAGUCAAAUACUGCCCAUGGGGCAGAAGCACGGUUUGCUACAUGCUAUCCCUUACGUUGGAUGAUACUGCCAAUUGUUUGUUGGUGUUCAUUCUUCCUGGCACCUUGACGGGUGCACUUGUGUGUGGAAGAGGAAACAACAGAGGGUCAGGAGAGAGAACAGAGGGAUAUUUGAUAUAUUUUUUUCUAAUUGUGCCUCAACAGCUGCGCCAUUGACUGGUCUAAGUCAGAAUCUUGUGUAGCCUAUGCUCUAAUGUCAUAAGCAGGUAGCAUUGUUCCCAUGCUCAAAGUAUUAAAAAAAAGGUAUUUCUUUUUGUGAGCUGAGCCCAUGAACGGUGUGUACAUCUAGAUCCAAACUCUGAAAAAUGCUGUGGGAACACUGUGUGGAGUUUGUUACAAGCCAGGCUCACAAAGCAGGAGCAAAAGGGGAAGUGGUUUAUUGAAUAAUAUUUGCUGAGCAUUUUUCAUUGUGAGAGCUUUCCAGCCCAGCCAUGUCAUCACUUCUGUACUUCAGCUCUUCCAGCCCACAGUAGACCUACUUCAUGGACAAUAGAGUUCAGCCAGUUGUGAGCUGCCAGAUAUGAAUUUUCAUUUUAAUUUUCAAUUUCUUUCAAUAAAGAAACAUGACAGAAGACCUAUUACAGGCACUGGGCAGAUUUUUCUUGGUUUUGUCUCAGAUAACCUUUGGCACCUUGUAUGAGUUCUGGGCCUCUCCCCAAGGCAUUCCUUAGUCUCCAAAGUGCCUAAGCCACUCUGAACAGACUCGAAAGCAGGCACUCCCCCCUCCCUUGUGCCCAUUCUUUCCCCUUCCCCUUCCCACCCUGCACUACCAACAUGGUGCACAAGACCUUUGGCUGAUAUAGGUGUGAGAAGCAUUGUCAGACACUAUCCCCCUCAGCACACAAGCAGGCAUUGAAGCACUUGAACAAGACCAAAGAUAAGUAUGGUUCAUUGUUUGGAUUCUGAAUUUCUCUUUGUCAUUCCAUGCCAUUGUUUCAUUUGUGUUGCUGGUCUGUUCAAUCUCAGGUAAAUGAGGUCUUUUUUUCUUUUUUUUCUUUUCUUUCUGCCCCUUCUCCCCUCC